AAUGGCACCUCAUUUGAGCGGCUUUAAAGGUUUUAUGCUGUCGCUGGAACGCAGCGUUUUGUGCUGCUCUAGGGUUUUAGACGCUGCAGCUGCUGAAUUGCUACAAUGGCUUUCUGGGGCGUUGAAGUUAAGCCUGGUAAACCAUACAUCCAUCGCUCCGAUGAAAGGGGACGGCUUCAUUUGUCUCAGGCAACAUUAAGCUCCUGUUCAUCCGGUAAUAGGACGGUUCUGCAGUGUAUAGUCGGGGAUAAAAAUCCUAUUAAUCUGUGCUCAUUGUUCCCAAAGAAGCUAGAGAAUUGUGCGCUGAACCUUGAGUUCGAGGAGGAUGAUGAAGUUACCUUCUUGAUAUCAGGCUCUGACCGUGUGCACCUUUCUGGCUUUUUCUAUGGUGUUAAUGAAGAUCAGGAUACUUCGGAGGAUGAUUAUGACUAUGGAUCCGAUAGUUAUGAGGAGGGUAUCGUUGGAACUGAUUCUGAAGAUGAGGAGGACUACAUGGAGUAUGAUUCCAAGGAAUAUGAGAGUGAUGAUUACACUGAACCUGCUCCCAACAGCGGAGUGAGAAUUGUAGAAAUAAUUGAUGAUGGAAGACCUUCCAAUGAGAAUGAUGUUUCUAAACAAGUGGAAAGGCAGAAACCUCAGUUGACUAUGCCUGAUGACAACGAGACUGCCAAUUGCCAGAUUGUUCUCAAGGCUAAAACUAAUGAUUCCAUAUUGGAGAGUGAAGAUGAAGACGGAUUUCCCAUAUCUGUACAUGGAGAAAAGUCUGGUAACUCAAAAUCUGAAGCAAGAACAGAGGAGAUUAAACAUCAGGAAGGGGAUGUAGGAACCCACAAAAACAAUGAAAAAGGUGAUGUUGGUGGUCAGAAAAAAUUGAAAGAGAAGAUCAAAGCUAAUGACCAAGAUGGGGAAGCUGCAAGGGAAAAUAGUGAACCCCAUGACAGUUCAGUUCAACCUGAUGCUACAACUACAAUUCCUGCAAAUGAAGGUAAACAAAAGAAGAAGAACAAAAAGAGAAAGGCUGCAGAGAAUAUUGAAGGUGCCCAGGAAAAUGCAAUGCCAAAUUCCAAAGUUACGGAAGAGUCUCCAGUAGCUGCAAAUGGGAAUGAUCCAGAUCCCUCUUCUGCAAAUAAAAAGGAAAAGAAGAAAAAGAAAAAACAGAACAAAGAGCAGGAAAGUGUGCCAACUCCUAAUGCAGAGGGAAAUUUAACUGAUAAAAAGGCUCCUGUGUCGAAGAAACAGAAGAAAGAAGAGGCUAAAUCAUUUCAAGUGAGAACAUUUCCGAAUGGUUUGGUGAUAGAGGAGUUGGUGAUGGGAAAACCAGAUGGAAAAAGAGCUUCACCAGGAAAAAAGGUCAGCGUGCAUUACAUUGGAAAGCUAAAGAAUAACAAAAUAUUUGACUCAAACAUUGGAAGAACACCCUUCACGUUCCGUUUAGGUGUUGGCCAAGUCAUCAAGGGAUGGGAUGUCGGUGUUAACGGCAUGCGUAUUGGGGAUAAACGAAGGCUAACAAUCCCUCCGGCUAUGGGUUAUGGUUCCAGCAAAGCUGGGAAAAUACCUCCAAACUCAUGGCUGAUCUUCGAUGUCGAGCUGCGACAAUUUUAUCAAGACAAAAAGCCCAAUGCCAUUCCCACCAUUACCAGUCCCAAAAUUGUCGAGAAAGAUACAAGGGACUCUUCCGGCGAGGAGGCGAAAGUUACAAUCCAAGACAAGGAAGAAAACUUGCCAAGUGGGAGCAUGCACAUGGCUGAUAAUGUGGAAGAAUUCCCAAAUCAAGAAGAUGAGCAGGAUGACGACGAGCUAAGAAAAAGAGUCGAAGAAUUCAUUGAGAAAAUCAACAGCGGUUGGAAGGCAGAAAAGCUUGUAACAUGAGUCUUGCCAAUACUGCUGUAAUUUUUCGGGUUUCUUGAUUUCCCCUUUCAGCAUUCAAAUGUGAGUCUUGUGCAAUUCUUCAGGCCAAGAUAAGCUAAAACUUAGCGGUGUUCAAGAGUUUGGAUGGCUGUGGAUGAAAAUAGUGUUCCUCCAAGAAAUAACUGCAUCUCAUUCGUGAAAAAAGUUUUAAUCUCAAUGAAUGCAGAGAUGCUUAUCCAUGGAAGUCUUUGAUUUUCUUGAAUCCGUUCACAUGGAAUGAGGAUAAAGUAGGAUAAAAAGUGAUGGCAAAAGGGCAUUGUUUGAUGUUUUAUGCACAUUUUAACAUGUUUUCAUUUAUAUA